CAAAAAUUCGUAGAAGCAUAUUUUAGUUUUUUCGUAUUAAAAAAAUGAAGUUCAUUAUCGCUAGUCUCCUUUUUACCUUCACGAUUAUCUUCAUUUCUAUUGAACCAUGUUCAGCAUUAUUAGUUGAUCCAGCUCCAGAUAUAAAAGCAGUGUACCAGAAUACGGUGGUUCAACAAGAACAACUUCCACAAAAACAACAUGGUCUUGGACUUCGUCGAGCUACACUAAUGAAACCAGAGUUUCACGAGGUGCUUCGAGAAGAACUUCAAAAAAGGGGUCAUGGACAACCAGCUGGAAGAGGAUUGCCAAAUUUAAAUGUAAAACCACCUAGUAAUGAACAACAGCAUGUAUUUUCCCGAAAUUAUAACGGAAAUACGAAGUGAAACUCCCUAUUUUAGUUCCUCACACACAAAACAAUAAUCUGUUACUUUAUAAACAUUUAAAAUAAUCAAAACGCAAUUUGAAAAAUCUCUUUUCUUUCCCUUAUACUAAACAAAAAAUUAGCCAAGUAUGAACCGCGCUUCAAGAAAGGGUUCCGUCGCCCACUACACGUUUCUUCAGUCGUUCAAAGCUCCCCUUUCCUAUAUUUUCUUUACUUCUCCAAUACUCACUUCACUCCCCCAUCUUUCUUCUUCUUUCUCGUCCACUACUCUCAUUUCUAAUCAUUCCCUUUACUUUCCUUCACUCACACUCACUUCCAUUACUUCCCCUCCAUAAUUUCCCCUAUCAUCACUUCCCUUCAUACAUUCUACUCACUACCACUCACUCUCCCUACUUCACCUCCCAUAAAUUACCCGUACUCUC